AUGGCUGUAGGAAACAACACUCAACGAAGUUAUUCCAUCAUCCCGUGUUUUAUAUUUGUUGAGCUUGUCAUCAUGGCUGGGACAGUGCUGCUUGCCUACUACUUCGAAUGCACUGACACUUUUCAGGUGCAUAUCCAAGGAUUCUUCUGUCAGGACGGAGACUUAAUGAAGCCUUACCCGGGGACAGAGGAAGAAAGCUUCAUCACCCCUCUGGUGCUCUAUUGUGUGCUGGCUGCCACUCCGACUGCUAUUAUUUUUAUUGGUGAGAUAUCCAUGUAUUUCAUAAAGUCAACCAGAGAAUCUCUAAUUGCCCAGGAGAAAACAAUCCUGACCGGAGAAUGCUGUUACCUGAACCCCUUACUCCGAAGGAUCAUAAGAUUCAUAGGGGUAUUUGCCUUCGGACUUUUUGCUACUGACAUUUUUGUAAACGCCGGACAGGUGGUCACGGGGCACCUAACCCCGUACUUCCUGACAGUGUGCAAGCCGAACUACACCAGUACAGACUGCCGAGCACACCACCAGUUCAUAAACAAUGGCAACAUUUGUACCGGGGACAUGGAAGUGAUAGAAAAGGCUCGGAGGUCCUUUCCCUCCAAACAUGCCGCUCUGAGCAUUUAUUCCGCCUUAUAUGCCACGAUGUACAUCACAAGCACAAUCAAGACAAAGAGCAGUCGGCUGGCUAAACCAGUGCUGUGCCUUGGGACCCUCUGCACAGCCUUCCUGACAGGCCUUAAUCGGGUCUCUGAGUAUCGGAACCACUGCUCCGACGUGAUUGCGGGCUUCAUCCUGGGCACUGCUGUAGCCCUGUUUCUGGGAAUGUGUGUGGUCCAUAACUUUAAAGGAACACAAGGAUCUCCUUCCAAAUCCAAACCCGAGGAUCCCCGUGGAGUGCCCCUAAUGGCUUUCCCAAGGAUAGAAAGCCCUCUGGAAACCUUAAGCGCACAGAAUCACUCUGCCUCCAUGACCGAAGUCACCUGA